UCCCUUCAAUUCCUCCACUUUUAUUUCAUUUCUAACAAGACAAGGAAUAAUUGUCAUGAAGAGUCCUCCUUACAAUCCCUCCAGUAACGGACAAGCCGAAAGGUCGGUCAGGAUUGUUAAGGAUGUGCUAAAGAAAUUUCUGUUUGAUCAAGAAAUAUGUAUUGGAAGCGUAACGACAAAGGCGCAUCGCUCGCAAUUGAGGGUCCAGAAAGACUCUAAGAAUUCUCCAAACGUGGCGGUUCCAUGCAGAAGUCACUGUAAGCGUAGGCUGGUCUCGGAGGAGGAUUUCCUUGGGUUUCCAGAUGAUGUGGCUGCAAAGAGGUUUCGCAAAGGCGAUCAUGAAGGAACGGAACCAAAAACGCCAAGUCCUAGACGUUCUGAAAGAUUAAAGGUUCGACCGAGGAGAGUUUAUAAAAGAUAAAACAAAGAAAAAUUGUAGAUCAAUUGUUUAAACGUGUUUCGAUAUUGUAUCGAUCGAUUGAUCGAGUUGGCGUAAUUAUACGCUUUCAGAAGUUUGAAUUAUAAUGAGCGUUGAAGAACGCAAUCGCUAUUUUAUACAAAAUUAUAUAAUUGAGAAAAGUACAUUUUAAAUGAUGUUUUCGAUGGAUUAAAAAAAUUUAAAAGGAUAAGAAUUGUGGUGUAAUAAUAAGGCCCAGUAAAGGCCGAGUCCGAUUGAUAAAG